ACCAACCCGUGUGUUUUUAUAUGUAUACAAGGAAAUGUUGGCGAUUCAGCCAGUUUGUGAACUCAAUUGGGCUGGUGUAUAGUUCUCAGGGAAUUAGUUCUUCUUUGGCCGUCUCGUUGACGAAUUAUUUCCAAUUGGUUUUUCGUUUACGGUUCAGGAUAAAAUAAUUGUUAGCGUCGAUGGAAUUUCCAAAUGCUAAGAACAUGAAUUUUCAAUACGUUUUAGUGUUGACUUUCGGCAUACAACUAUCGAUCGGGUCGACGAAUUCCACUUUCAGGGAACACAAGGUCCAUAAUAUCGUACUGUACCCGGACAAACAUUCGUGGUGCACGAGCACGUCCAUUAAACAAGUCAUAUCCGCCAUGGACUGCGAUCCCGUGGAAAUCGACAACCGCGUCUGCCUGGGCGCUUGCUUCAGUUAUUCCAUACCGAGAACGCUUCCGGCCGACAACAGUGACGAAGUGAAUUCGUAUUGUGACUCGUGUCAACCCAUAAAGACGCUAUGGAUACCCAUACAAUUGUCUUGCAACGGUGGAACGAAUCAUACCAAACACGUACAGCUGAUCAAAGAAUGCAGAUGCUCGUCCUGUAGCCGGCAUUGGGAGUUGGAAAAUCCCGUGACCAACAUUGAGGACGAAGACACUUCUACUACACAAACGUCGAGAUAUUUGGAGCUAAUGAAACUUGAACAUGACGAAAACGACGAAGAUGAAGAUAACACUACUGACAUAGCAAAUACAGAGAUUAUAGCUGCUGUAAAUUCGACUAGAGUGAUGUCCGAAAAAACAAUUUGGAUUCGAGGUCCUCAUCAUUCGAAAGUACUGUUGAAAAAAGAAAUCGUAAACGUCCCCGAUAUUGCAAACGAAGAGGCCCAACAAUAUUUAGAAGAUACAGCUGAUAAGAAUAAAGUGUUAUAAUACGUAUAAUUUUUAACUGUACAUUUUAUUAUAAGUGUACAUUACGAUUAAAUUAAUUGUAAAACAAA